AUGGGCGAGAACGGCACAAAUCUGCUUCAGCAGAAAGUGACUGAACGAGCCCGCGAACAGACAGCGACACGCGAUGCAGCACUGGGGAACAAAUUCCACAAACUGCCUGAUCCAACGUCAUCCAGAAGCGGCACACUGGUGCACAACCUGUCGUCAAAGGAACUGACGAAGGAGCAAGCACAGGUUGUACGGCACGAAGCCUCAUUCAACACAGCUGACGCCAAACCUGUCAACAUGAUUGCAGCAGUGGAAUCGGUCAUUAAUCAGACGGAAGCGGCGGAGAAGCCGAAGAUUCUUAUCAGACAUCAAGUUACGUCCCUCCUCAUGACUCACAAGCCGCGCGAAACACUCACAAAGGUCGAACGCGAUGCACUAAGAGAACUCAAGGCCGACAAGGACAUCGUCAUUGUGCCCGCGAACAAGGGGCGUUCCACCGUCGUAUUGGACAGAACAGACUACCUUCAGAAGGCCAAAAACUUACUGGAGGAUCGCCAGUUCUAUGUCCCAUGUGAAACCAACCCCAUAAAAACGCUGACACGCGAAAUUAAUGCGACACUGUUGGCACUGGAGAACUCGGGUGCAAUAACACCAACCGACCGACGCAUGGCGAGAGCCCAAGAAACGGCUUUGGCCCGAUUCUAUGGUCUCCCAAAGGUGCACAAGGAGGGCGCUCCUCUCCGGCCCAUUGUAUCACUCAAAGGCACUCCAACGUACGGACUGGCAAGAUGGCUGUUUCGGCGCCUCAAAUUUCUGACCGCUGAUUCGGAAACCACGGUCUGUUCCUCAACGUAAUUCCUGGAGAAGCUUAAAGGAGUAAGUCUCUUGCCCAAUGAGGUCAUGGUAUCUUUUGAUGUCACGUACCUCUUUACUUCUAUCCCCCAGGAUCUGGCAAUCGAGACCGUCCAGCUACUCCUACAAAACAAAUACGAUGAAACGGAGAAUCGUCUCGGACAUGCCCAAGUCCUUCAGCUCCUAAAAUUCUGUCUCAGGACGUACUUCACGUUUGACGGAACAAUCUACGAGCAAGUGAAGGGAACACCAAUGGAGUCGCGGUUGGAGUCGCUGGUCUUCCAACACCACAGACCGAAAUUCUGGGUUCGAUAUGUAGACGAUACUUUCUUCGUUAUCCAUCAGGAUCGGGCGCUAACGUUCAAAGAACGUCUCAACAGCGUCUUCCCGGACAUACAAUUCACGAUGGAGGAGGAAGAGAAUAACCAGCUGGCAUUCCUUGAUGUACUCGUCUGUCGCAAAGAUUGUGGUGGCCUAAAGAUCAAAGUGUUCAGAAAAGCAACAAACACGACGCAAAUUCUGAAUUUCAACAGUAACCAACCAAUCAGCCACAAACGAAGUUGCGUAAGAACGCUAUUUCGGCGUGUUGAGACGCACUGCAGUGAACCGGAAGACAAGGUUGCCGAAUCCCAAUAUCUUCGACGGGUUUUCCGAGAAAACGGUUACCCGCGCAACUUCGUCAACCAGUGCCUGCGCAAACGAGACGAGCGACAAAAUCGCGCCGACCCCAAAUUCUGGCGAGCGAUCCCGUACAUCAAGAACGUCUCCGAGGCCGUUAGCCGCCUUCUUCCACCACUUGGGGUUGGAGUUGCGCACAGACCGGAGGCCACCAUGAGGCGUCAAGUGAUGAGGCCAAAAGACCCACUGCCACGGCAAGAAACAUCUGGAGUCGUUUACCGGAUCUGGUGCAGUUGCGGACAAAGCAACUACGUCGGAGAAACUGGAAGACUGCUCCGGACGCGAACCGCCGAACACGUGGCAGCUGUACGGAGAAAUGACGCCAACUCUCAGGCCGCGGCCCAUUCGACGAGAUCCGGCCACACAUUCAAACUCGAUGGGGCCGAAAUGCUCACGAGAGUGGAUAAUCGCGUGAGCCGCGAGUUGCUUGUGUCAUGGUUCACGGGACCUCAGUCUAUCAACAAGUGCAUUGGCAUCCCCACUCCAUAUUCUGUCCUGAGGCAAAGACUGGCCAAAGCAAUUGACCACUCGAGGAGCGCGCAAGCACGUGAGCCAGAUGGCCGAGCAAUCAUCACGCCAGCAUCCAACACGGGUGAUGAGAUGUCAACAAUUAACAACUUGCAUGCCGGCCAUCAAGCAAUUAGCGCACCAGCGAGCAACAAUCCUUGA